AUGUAUUCGAUGUUUUCUUCCUGCAUAUUCGCAAUGCUGUCCAGAUAUUGGCGUACUGUUUGUGCCCAUACUUCGCCAUCCCAGAACGAUGACGAAUUCGAGAAAUAUGAACCCCGGCCAAAGAUUGUUAUUGAUAAACGCGACUUCGAAUCGCCGCGGUUUUAUAAAUGCGACUCUCCCGAGCCUACGACGCCAUCGCUACGAAUUUCUGCACAACACGUUCAUCAAAAAGAUGCUGUGAUCGUAAAAAUCCUUUCUUUGCACGGAUGCGACCUCCUCACCGAUGAGGCGUCACAGGUAUAG